AUGGCUGCCUUCCCUCCUCCUCCCACGGACACCAUUGACUGGGCCAAUGUCGGCUUCCAGGUCCGCGAAGUCAACGGCCACAUCGAGUCCACCUACAGCAAGUCGACCGGCCAGUGGACGCCGCUCAAGUUCGUGGCGUCGCCCUUUAUGCGCAUCCACGGCAUGGCGCCGGCCCUCAACUACGGCCAGCAGGCGUACGAGGGCCUCAAGGCCUUCCGCGGCCCCGGCGACGACACGAUCGCCCUCUUCCGGCCCGACCGCAACGCCCUGCGCCUCCAGCACUCGGCCGACGUCGCCUCGAUGCCCCGCGUGCCCGAGCAGACCUUCCUCGACGCCUGCCGCGCCGCCGUCGCCCUCAACGCCGCCUUUGUGCCGCCGCACGCCACGGGCGCCGCCAUGUACGUGCGCCCCCAGAUCUACGGCUCGAGCGCCCAGCUCGGCCUCUCGCCGCCCGACGAGUACACCUUUGCCGUCUUCGUCAUCCCGACCGGCGUCUACCACGGCGUCCACCCCGUCAAGGCCCUCAUCCUCGACGAGUUUGACCGCGCCGCCCCCCACGGCACCGGCCACGCCAAGGUCGGCGGCAACUACGCCCCCGUCCUGCGCUGGAGCGACAAGGCCCGCGCCGAGGGCUACGGCAUCACGCUGCACCUCGACUCGGCCCGCCACGAGGAGGUCGACGAGUUCAGCACGAGCGGCUUCAUCGGCGCCAAGAAGACCGCCGGCGCCUACACCCUCGUCGUGCCCGACUCGCAGUGCGUCAUCGACUCGGUCACGAGCGACAGCAUCCAGCAGAUUGCGCGGUCCCUGGGCUGGGCCGUCGAGAAGCGCGUCAUCAAAUACACCGAGCUCCCCGACUUUGACGAGGUCUUCGCCGCCGGCACCGCCGCCGGCCUCGUCCCCAUCCGCUCCAUCACGCGCCGCAUCGCCCCCUCGACCCCGGGCUCCCUGUCCGCCGCCCGCGCCGGCGCCUCGCGCCUCAGCGCCCCGGCCCCCGGCGAGGAGACGGUCACCUUUAUCCCCGACGCCCAGGCCGACGCCGGCCCCGUGUGCCUGCAGCUGCUGGGCGCGCUCAAGGGCAUCCAGUCCGGCAAGGCCGAGGACGCCUUUGGCUGGCGCUUUGCCGUCACGGAGGCGGAUGGGGCCAAGGUGGUGGUCGAGGCGAAUGGCGCGUAG